AUGGCACUCAAUUGGGCUUGCAGCGGCGAGUACAGAGACACUCUUGACGGAUAUUCAAUGGCAGCCCGCGGCGGGCUUUCGUUCGCGUCGACUCGGAACUCGGAACACCAUAUUCUAGCGUUCCAAUUCUCCCGGGAUGCAUUCGACGUACUUGUAGAAAGAUUGGCAGCGGAAAUGGGAUUCCUGUUUUACGCGGCUUGCCUCAUACUGCUGGAUUACUUAUACUUCAAAGCCAAGUACACAAGAUCCAAUGGGCCGCCCGUGUGGUAUGGCCUACCAAUCGUUGGUAUCGCGCCUCUUUUCUGUUUGCCAAAAUUUCUGUUCACUCCGAUAUUCAAUUGGUACCUCCGGUACAUGCCCGACGUCAUCGUGACCCGAUUCUUCCAACCCUACGUGUUCGUGAAGAAUUCGGCACUGAUCGAUGUCCAGAGCAGUGAAUACUGCAACAGCCGACCCGCCCUGGCGAUGGGAGAGCUCAUCGGAUACUUGACCACCGGUAGACCGUCGUGGUUCAUUUUCGACCAAAAUCGAAAGCACGUCGAUUGGCGUUCCGUGCGCAAAACGAACGUGAUGGCUCUCAACGUUCUACCGAAGCAAGAGAAAUUCGAGCGAAUCGCGGAAGUUGCUGAUAGUCUCCUGGAGACCAUCGAGGAUCUAAAUGGACGUUUAUAUGACUGUGAAUGCGACAUCGCUAUCGCGAAGCUACAAGAAACGAGGAACCUCCAUUUCGGUGGCACUGCCGGGGUCAGAAUCACUCGGAGGAUCGUCGCAGAGAUUGACAAACUCAUGCUGAUCAUACCCUACUUCUUUCUGCUCAUCUCACUCGUUCCCCUGAAGGUGUUUCUGAGCAUUGAAUAUUAUCUGCCUAAGGCGUGGAGGCCCAGUCUCCUGAAGAAAGUUUACUUCAAUUUCACAAAACGCAUACUCGAGGAGAAAGUGGGAGGGGCGGAUGAACCAAGGGAUUUUGUGGAAGCAGUGCUCCGUUUGAAAUCGCCGGAUGCAGCUCUCGACUUCAUACGUCAAACAACUCUCUUCAACAUGGUGGCCUCGACGCACACGACUCGGCACGUAACGAUGGCCGCACUGUCCUACAUUUCACUCCACAAGCGAGUCCAGGAGAAGAUCCAGGCGGAACUCGACAGGGUUGUGGGCUCGGCUCCCCUCACUCUAGAACACCUCGGCGAACUCCACUACAUGAAAGCCGCAAUCCAUGAAGCUUGUCGAAUGAGCCCUCCGCUGCCAACAAUAAUGAGAUGGUCGUCCAACCCCGUACAGAUCGGCAACGUUACCGUCGAGGCGAACAUGCGAAUCGUGCUGUUCACGAUCUCAGAAACCGUUGACCCCGGAAACUUCGAGAGCCCCCAGAAAUUCAUUCCCGAGAGAUAUUUGAACGACAAGGGCAUUUUUGAGCCCAGUAAAAACUUCACGAUAUUUUCAAGAGGUAAACGAAUGUGUCCAGGACAGGAUAUCGCCAACAUGAGCACUCAAGUGUACUGCUCGAAGAUUUUGCAACGAUUCGACAUAGUUCCGAAAAGCUACGAGCUCGAGGUACCCGGCUUCAGCGGAACGCUGAUCCCGGACUCGCCGAAGAUUCCCGUACGUUUUCUGCUCCGGAAAGGAGCACCCGCUCGCCGAUUAUCCGUCCAAGCGAGUGAGAUGCCCGUCGUUUCCGAAAAGGCGCCGGGAGGGGGCAGUAUCCAGACGGCGUCACCUAUGAGCUUGUUAUUCGCUUUCAUUGGGGAUCUUGGCGGCAAACACCCGCGCCCCGCCUGA